CGUUUCUGUUUUUAUUCGAUAUGUUUUUAUUUUAUUUUACUACGUGGUUUAUUUUAAGUUAUUAAUUUAAAUAGUUUUAUUUUAUUCGGUUUCAUAUAUAUUUGUUUUGUUAAUUUAAUGUUUAAAUCACUUUAUUUUCCGUCCUAUCAUGACAUCGAAACACUUCUGCUUAAAAUGGAACAAAUUCGAAUCCAACAUUUUGAGUGCCUUUGAAAGUCUCCAGAACACAGAGGAUCUCGCAGAUGUUACACUGACUUGCGAAGGGAUUAAUAUCAAGGCUCACAAGUUUAUCCUGUCGGCGUGUAGCCCCUAUUUCCGGACAAUAUUUAAAGAAAAUCCCUGCCCUCAUCCAAUAGUAAUCCUUAAAGAUGUAGCUCAUGCAGAUCUGAUGGCAAUAAUCAAUUUUAUGUACCAUGGGGAGGUUACAGUGUCAGAGGAACAAUUUGCUUCUUUUUUAAACACAGCUGUGGUACUGCAAGUAUUGGGUCUUAUAGAUAAUGAAGAGACUCAUCAAAAGAAACAUCCAUUUCCUGCUAAAAAGCUCAAGAACAUAUCUGAUUGUCAAGAAUCUCCACAGAAGAAGCCUAAAAUGACUCUUCCCAAACCUAAAAAAGUAAUUGCAGCUAGUUCUGGAUUGGAGGAACCAACCCAAAUUCUCAAUAGCAGGAAUUCAUCUUCACCUUCACAAUUUGAGGUUGUUGAAGUUGGUAACGUUAAGACUGAAGAAGGCAGCCUCAAUGAAUAUGAUGUUAGUGAAAAUGUUGAGGUUGUAGUCGAAGAUAAAAAUGAGCAGGGUUCAAUAUUAGAAGCAGCGCUGGAAGUGCGUGACAAACCGAGCAGUAUUUUGGAGCAGUCUUUAACUGCGCAAGCAGGAAAAUCACCUUCGUCCCACAUGUUCCACAGCGAAAAGUCUGCGUUACCUGAUUUACCACCGAAAACAAUCUACAUUCUUCGAAAGCCGCCGGAAGCAGAACAAGAAAAGCGUACCUACAAAUCGUCUUCGGAAUCAUCAACGAGUCCUUCCACAUUCGAAUAUCCGUCUGAGUUUCUCCAACAACGCAUCAGGACUGAAGACCAUCCGGAAAAUUUCGACGUAAUGAUUAAGGAGAUGAAUCAAAGAAACGCCAACGUGGAGAUCCAGCCGCAUCAUAGUUCGCAGUGCGGGAAUUGUCCGCAUUGUGGGAAGAUUUACUCGAAUCAAUCGGCGUUGAAGUACCAUGUGAGGCUGGUGCACUCAGAUCUGACGAACAUGUACUGCUGUCAUCUGUGUCCGGAGUCUUUUGACUAUCGAGAAGGGUUCAAAAAGCAUAUGGCAGAAGUGCAUUUAAUGAGAAAUUAGAAUUUAUAUUUUGUUAAUUUUUGUAACUGUUUUUUAUGUUAUCUUAUUUAAUAUAAAUUGGUUUUUGA